ACAGAGUAUAUCUUAUAGAGGGGCUGCUAACCUAUUAAGGACUGCAAGUGUCCCAGAUGUCGUGGGACAGAGUCCAAAGGCAGCGUAUUCCUCCAUUACCAUCGCAGCCAGGAAAGUCCCCCAGGCAGGUUCCAGCCUGCAGGGACCUGUGUAUCCAUCCUGUCCCACCCGACCUGUGAGAGCAAUAACUCCUCCACAGCCCCUGGAGAGAAGAGCGCUAUCCACACCAAGGUGCACAAGGAGAUUCUCCAACUCCCAGCCGGACCUGUGCAGACAGAAUCCGACUGUAGUGAGGACAAACGAGCUGAGACAGAGCUACCCCACAGCUGAUGGGUUUGCAAUGAGAGAACCAGGAAAGAGGAAGGUGCAACCUCUGCAACACAGACACAGCUACACAGAGGGGAAUAGCAACCAGAGCUUAAUAAGUGACUCAUUCCUGCCCCUGUCCUCACAGCCCUCCUACCGCUCCUGUGUCCACCUUGAGGUGCCUCUGAGGUCCACUAGUUCGGUUGUGUUUCUUGACAAGUCCCUCUCUAUUUCCCUUGUGGAUCUGUCAGGAAGGAGGGCAGCCCAGCCCACUCUGUACAGGUCCACCUUGUCUGUUCAUUUAAGCGUCCCAUCCUGCCACAGAUCCUCUACGGACAACAAACCAGCCAAAACAGAUGAGAGUUAUGGGAGACCCAAAGCAGCCAUGGUAGGCAGAAACAAAUUCAAUGGCCGAAAGAGUGGUUUGGGUCACUGCAGAGGCGCUUUAUCAAAGCAAUGGGGCCACAAGGUCGAGCAAAUAGCACCCGCUCAUGGUGUUAACAGCAGGGCUGAUGAUCCAGACACACAUUGCCAUGGUGCUACUUUGGGAUUUUUGUCAUUCAAAGGGCCAAGCCCCUCAAACACGGAGGCUGGCAAGCAGAAGGGGAAUGCAGAUGAGGCUGUCUGUCCUACGCAGAGCAAUUUCAGACACAGACACCGUGCUUUCAAUAUUGGCCCAGUGGACUCCAGAACAUGUCAGAGGCAAGCGUGGAGUGACAAGAAAGUUGAACAACAAGAGCGCAGUUCUUCCAGAGAGGCUCACAAAGUCCCAGCUUUGUAUAAGCACAAGACAUGCUACUAUCAUUCCCGCCUGAUGGCUGAAUCUCAGGAUGGCACAUCCAAGACUCUCAGUCUCAAAGAGGCUUUGGAGCUCUUCAGGCCAGACUUUAUCAGCCGGUCCCAGGGUCGAGUGAGGAGGCUGGAGCAGAGGGCGAGGAGGAGGAGAGCACUGCAAGACCCCAACCCAGACCUGGUGCAAGGCCUUGGGGAAGACAGAGGCGAACGAAGGAGGAACUGCACUACUCCAGAUCCACUCAGUGAUAACCUUUUCAAGCCUAGAGAGAGGUCUAUAUCAGGCAAAGAGAUGCAGCUGAGGUCCAGACGGAUUUACAACAAGCUGCCUGAGGUGACAAAGAAGAAGGAGGAGGAGAAAAAGAGGGCUGUAUCACAAACUAACAGAUUGCGGGCCGAGCUCUUUAAAAAGAGACUUCUGGAGCAGAUCCUGCAAAGAUAAAUGAGAAGCACCAAAAGGUGUAUGGGGAUCAUUCAGCGAUUAUUUCCAAAUGAAGCAUGCCCUUCUCCUUCCCUCCAUGUAUAUUAAUUAUGACUUUGUAUUCAUUCGCUUGCUAUUCUGUGCGAGUCUUUCCCAUGGUUGUGCAUUUGCAUUGCUUUUUAUUAAGGCUCACCUUCUGUUAGAUGGAUCAUUCUCCUCCUGUUGUACUUUUGUUGUUCUCAUACUAAUGCGUUUACAAUGCAAAGAAAUGCAAAAGAGAUUGUUAACUGUCAAUAGUCUAAGAUAUUGGCCUUAUUUUGAGGGCAAAAUAAGCCACCAUGUGGACCAAGCACUGCACUGUGGUAUUCUGGUGUAUGUUCAGGGCAUGUGCUAUAGAGGCUGACUUGCUAUAUUGUAUGUAGACAGCCCAACCAGCCUAGCUAACUCCUACAUACUCACAAUGAAAACUUAGAGGGGUUUGGCCAUUUAAAUGUGAGAGCAUCACAGCUGUGAUCUAAUUCUGUUUUUUUUUUUUUUUCUUCACCUCAUAAAGCCCUGGUUAUCAAACACAAAACAGAUGUAAUUUUACUCUUUUCUUCAAUCAGUAUAGGUCUAAAGAUUUGAUGCCUGGUCUUGAAUAUCAACAUUCUACACUAAAUUGUGUUCCUCUAUCUCAAACCAAAAUAAAAGUAUCCCAAACACA